AGCGCUCCGCACAUUCGGUUCUCCGUUUUUGGUCCGCUUGGUCCCGAGCCUUCAGCCAGCAUGGAUCUCAGACCGGAGAUGCAGCCCGCCGCGGUCUCCUCCUCCGCGGCCUCCGCCUCUCAGAUGCACGCCGGAGCGGUGGCGGCGGUAGCCUCCAUCCCGGUGUCCAUGGCGGGCGGCCUUCUGCGCGGGCCGCCGCUCCUGCUGCGCGCCGCCGACAAGUACCCGCGCACGCCCAAGUGCGCCCGGUGCCGCAACCACGGCGUGGUGUCGGCGCUCAAGGGCCACAAGCGCUACUGCCGCUGGAAGGACUGCAUGUGCGCCAAGUGCACGCUCAUCGCCGAGCGGCAGCGCGUCAUGGCGGCGCAGGUGGCGCUCCGGAGGCAGCAGGCGCAGGAGGAGAACGAAGCCCGGGAGCUGCAGCUGCUCUACGGCACCGCCGAGGGGCUGGCCCUGGCGGCGGCCAACGGCAUCAUCCCGUCCCGGCCCGGCUUCGAGGUCUUCGCCUCGGUGCACGGCGCCGAGACCUGCAGCAAUUCCGAUUCGAGCGUCCAGAAGUUCGACUUGUUCCCAAAGGGCCAAGCGUCCGGGCCCUCCACCCCUGGGCAGGCCGGCGGCAAGCAGACGCCCGCUGAGAGCGACUCCGCCCCGGGCAUCUCGCCCCCGGACGGCCGGCACGGAGGAGGGUCCGGCUCCGAGAACGGAGACAGCGAGUUGUUCGGCCACUCGCCGGUGGCCAAGCCUUCGAAAGACGGCGGGGACACUCCCAGGUCCGUCAGCUCCCUCGGCUCGGACUCCGGUUCCGAGACCGACAAGGACGAGCUGCAGGAGCCGUCCCCGUCCCCGUCUCCGUCCCCGUCCCCGUCCUCCGCGGCCUCCAGGCAUAUGCACGCCAUCGAUAUCCUCACCCGGGUGUUCCCCACCCACAAGCGCAGCGUGCUGGAGCUGGUCUUGCAGGGCUGCGGGAAGGACGUGGUGCAGGCCAUCGAGCAGAUCCUCAACAACCCAGCGCAGGCUGCCCACCACAAGACCGCCUCCGAGGAGACCUGGAGCGGCGAUCGCAUGCUGCAAACCUCGCAGCUGCCUCCUUCCACCUCCUCCUCCUCCUCCUCCUCCUCCACUCCGAACCCGACCCGACCCAUGCUACCCGGCUCCAUGACGCUCGGCAACCGCUCGGCCUUCUCGCCCCUGCAGCCCAACGCGCCGCACUUCGCAGCCGAGCCGAGCGCCUACCCGCUGGGCACCCACCUGGGACUCAACCCGCUGCGGUUGGCAUACUCGGCGCACAGCCGGGGUCUGGCCUUCAUGGCGCCCUACUCCACCGCCGGCCUCGUGCCCACCUUGGGCUUCAGACCCCCGAUGGACUAUGCCUUCAGCGACCUCAUCCGGGACAGGACGAUGUUGCACAAGGAGCAGGGCUACGCCGGAGGCCUCUACGGGCCUCUGGUCAACAACACGCCGGACAAACAGUGACCGGAGGCGGCCUGAACACACGCACAUGGAAAGUCGUAUGAGCAUGUGUUUCCCCGUGGUUUGCAUUCAUUAUUAUUAUUAUUAUUAUUAUUAUUAUUAUUAUUAUUCACCAAGUACCACCUAAAAACACUUUGCUCUCAAGGAAACACCAUCAUGACUGACAUUAAAAUACAGUAGCGUAAUAAGCCCGAGUGUUCAUGGAAACUGAGACAGAGGUUUUAUUGCCAAAACGUAUAUUUAAUAGGAUUGCAAGCCACUAAAAACAUUAUGCACAGUUUGAACGUUAACAUUGUACUUGAUGAUUCAAUUACAAUGUAUUGCACAUUCAUCAAAUAGAAAUCGUGCCUACAAAAAUUUUGAAAACAAACAGUUCUCAAACACCAAAUGCAAAUGUAAUUUACUAAAACGUUAAAUACAGCUGAAUUGUACUUAAACAGAUUUACUGUAGAGGCUUAAAGAAAAAAGUUACAUUCACUGUAACAAACAUUACGUAUAGUUUGAACAUGUAAUUCAGUGAUUCCACAUGUUGACAAUCACUGAUUUAUUGAAUAUCCUUGAUAUCUAUCUUAAAGUUCAGGUACUAGUACGCUUCUUGUUCUCACUAAAACUAAGAGAGAA